UCUCUCUUUCUCUCUCUCUCUCUCUCUCUCUCUCGUUUCCUCUCUCCAGGCAUGGCUAUCCUCCGUCCAGCUGCCACCUUCCUCCUCGUCCUCCUGUCCCUGCUCGGCCGCGGCACGUCGAUGGAGGACGACGAUGACGCCCAGUCCUACGAGCCGCCGACGCCCCCGCCCACUCCGCCACGGGGCUGCGGGGCCUCCGUGGAGCCCUGGUACCAGGUGCUGUGCGACCUGGAGUCCGUAUGGGGGGUGGUGCUGGAGGCCGUGGCCUGCGGCGGGGCGGCCACCGCCCUCAUCCUGGCCCUGGUGCUGGCCAGCCGGCUGCGCUGGGUGCCGGAACAGGACCGACGCUCUGGCGUGGGUCCAUUGCUUCUGCUGCUGGGCGGCACGGUGGGCCUGUUCGGCCUGUCCUUCGCCUUCCUGGUGGGCCGCGGCGAGGCCCUGUGCGUGGUGCGGCGCGCCCUCUGGGGCCCGCUGUUCGCCCUCUGCUUCUCCUGCCUGCUGGCGCAGGCCCUGCGCUUGAGGAGGCUGGCGUCGGGCCGCCGCAGCCCGUCGGGAGGCUCCCUGGCCGGGCUGGCCGUGGCCCUGUGCCUGGUGCAGGGGGUCAUCGCCGCCGAGUGGCUGGUGCUCACCGUCUUCCGCGAGGGCCACGCCACCUGCGACUACCUGCCGCUGGACUUCACACUGGCCUGCAGCUACGCCCUGGGCUUGCUGCUGAUGGCCACGGGGAUGUCCCUGGGGGUGGUGCUGUGCGGGGGCGGAGGCGGAGGAGAGGGCCGCUCGGAGGCCACGCGUCGGCGCUGGAGGUGCAACGGCGUGUGGCUGUUCCUGUCCUGCCUGGCGUCGCUGCUGCUCUGGGUGGCUUGGCUCGGGUUCUACCUCUACAACGACCUGGUGGGCGCGUCGCUGCUGCACCGCAGCCGGCCCGACUGGGACGAGCCGGCCCUGGCCGUGGCCCUGGUGACGGAGGCGUGGGCACUGCUGCUACUCCACGCCAUCCCCGAGGCGCACCUGUGCCUGCGACGGCAGCCGCAGUACAGCGUCACGUCGUCCUUAUCGCAGGACUUCUACGACACGCCCAACCAGUCGAGCGCCCAGCUGCAGGACCUGCACCACCACCACCACCAGGGCUACGAGGACGACGAGAGGCCCCAGACGACGCAGUCGCAGAGCAGGUCGCCCUUCGCCGACAACCAGGCCUUCUCUGUGGAGGAGCACAGCGCCGCUCUCCGGUCUGGCGGCUACCUUAAUGGCAUCCCGGCCACUCGGCAGACCUUGCCUUUCCGCAGCCACGUCUACCAGCCCACCGAGAUGGCCCUGCUGAUGAACAGUGGAACGGUACCGUCAGCUCCUCCCAACUUAACAGGAAGGCAGCUGUGGUGAGAAACAACACACGACACGUGGCUGAAGAGGA